CCGGAAUAACAGUUGUUGUUUACAUGUUGUGUGCCAAAAAACAAACAAAAAAGAAUUGCAGUAAUUUUUUUAUUUUUACAAAUUAAUUUUUAUAACUUAAACAUUUAAUAACCACUUGUAAAGUCAAUAUUACCGAUGCGUGAUUUAUUUAAAACCCUAGAUAAACUAAGAGCAGAAACAGCUAUGGAAUACUGUGAUGAAUUUGAUGGCAUCAAGUCCAUUAUGGAAUAUUGUAAUAAACAAUUGAAACCCUUUAAUAAAUUGCAUUUUCGAGGAGGUAAUGAAUCCUUUAUAAAUGAAUUGGUCAGACGUCUACAGGAAUAUUUAGUAGAACGUGAACUACUCGACAAUGAACAUAAAAAACCAUUAAGCGACGUUAAGAAAACACAAAAAUUAAGGAAAAUUUUAAUGUUUCUAAUGCUCAACACAGAUGCUACUUAUAAGUACAAUCUAAAAGAUGAUCCCGAACUAGUGCAUGUUUUAGAGAUAUGUCCCUUAAUGCCAAAAUUUUUAUUAGUCACUUUAGUGUGGGAAUUACAUUUGGAACAAUUCUUUUAUGAAAUGUUAUCUUAUGCUCCUUGCUGGUUUACAUUUCAAUAUUUUGAACCAGCCACCGAUUCCCUCAAAUAUAUAGAUGAUGCCUUUGAGGUUUUAGAUAAAGUAGAGCAGUUACUUAAAUCCAUCUUCAUCUCUAUAACACGUUCCGAAUUAAGGCUUAUGGAUAAUGUAGAUACACGUAUUAUUCACAAUAAACUUUAUGAUUAUGCCAUGAAUUUAUUGCGUUUAUUUUACACACCCGAUUCGGAAAAAUUUAAAAAUUUUAGCAAAAAAAAGUCAUAUAAAUAUGCGGGUUUUGCUUUAAAGCAUUUGCUCGAAUUGGUUUUAUAUACAUUUGAUGUUUAUGAAAAUGCGGAUAAAGCUAAUCCUGCAGAAGAUUGGCGGGAAUAUGAUAUUUGCAAACAAUUACUAAAGAAAACUGAAGCAAAUAAAGAAUCAAAACAUUUAAAAGAACAACAAUUAAAAAUUAUUACCGCCUUAUUAAAUGCUUUACAAACACAAGUAAUGUUGGUUAAAAUUGACAUUUUCAUUUACUGGGUAGAAAUUGAUUUAAAUGACAAAGAAAAUCUACAGGAAGUUAUAGGCACCAUGGCCUUUCGAGUGGGAGAACGAAUGUUAAGUAAUAAAACAUUUGGUCAUGAUGUACACCAACAAUUAAAGGUAAUAGAAAUCAGACCUAAAACUUUAGAGGAAAUCAUACGUGAUGCCACAAUAGGAGAGAUUUUGAAUAGCCUCGACAAUGGUCAAUUGGAAUAUAAUAUUAAAAAAGUCUGGUUUGAUGAAUUACUCAAUCGCACUGUGGCUUUAGGUAACGAGGAAUGUUUGCAGUCUAUUAAACAAAAUAUUAAACUAAUGACCGUGGAGCAUUGUUUACAAAUAUUAGAUUUUAUAAGACUAGAAAUUAUACGUAAUUAUCAAGAGAACCAAAAUGAAUCUCAAGAAGAUAUAAAACUUAAUAUGGAAAAUAUGGAUAUUGAACCGGAAGAUUAUGAGGAGCUAAGUGAUUUAAUAUUAAAAGCUUUAGAAAAUUAUAAUACCGAACAAAUACUUCAAGUAAUUAACUAUCAAUGCAAAUUAUAUGGCUUUAACUCGACAUUAUUUGCGCGAACAGAUAUAUCUUCAAGGAUAACAGAAUUUCUUAAUAGAUAUAAUGGUGUUAAUGACAUCUUUGAUGUGCAACAAUUUCUUAUAUUAACAUUUGAAAAUGCCGAAUUAUCUUGGAAAAAGUUCUUUGAUAUGGCCUGCCAUAAUCUGGCUUUAAUCAGCAACUAUUGUUCUACCGUCAAACAAUGUCGACCACUAGCGAAUAAUUAUUUUCUGCCACAACUUUUGGGUGUUUUUAAUGAUUUAACUUGCCUGGAGCAACGUUAUUUUCCCGCCCUAUUAUGUGAGAUAUAUUUUACACUCUACUAUCCCGAUAAUAAAACAGAAUUUCUUAAGAAAAUUAUUCACAAACAUGUUAAUCAAUAUUUGGAUCAACAACAGUUUGAACAUUUAUUACCAUUGGUUAAAUGUCUUAACUUAAUUGGCUCCUAUGGUGAGUCUCAGUCAAAUAAACCUUUAAAUUUUGGAGAAAUUACUGCUCCCGUCCUUUUGAUGGCGGCCCAAAUUAUGGAUAAAGCUAGAUGGGAUUUGAUAACAUACUCGGAUGUCAGAGAUGAAAUUGUACGCGAAUGUAUACAAUUUAUACAGAAGACUUCAAAGAAAUUUUUACCAAAUGCUACUGAAAAGGAUCGCAAAUGGAUAACAAAAGUUAUAAAGGAUUCAUAUAAACCACUCACCCAGUAUUACUUUCAAAAAUAUUCUCUAACUCCCGAUCAAAUACCCAUAGAAUUUGAUAGAUUUUUAAUACGACUCGAUAUUGAAGAUAAAUCUGAAGCGGAAAUGUUUUUAAUUAUAAACUAUGUACGCUGUACUAUGAAAGAAACCGAAUGGUUGGCACGCAGUGAACGUCUUUUACCCCAUAUAUCCGAUGUUAUGAUCAUACUAAGUGGCGUUGUCAAUGAAACUGAAAAUCCCAACUCUAUUAAUAACUAUCGUCAUUGCCUAUCGAACUAUGCGAAUAUAGUACAAAAAUUUCUAUUGCCUCAAAUAGAAGAUGACAAUAAGAAAAUUGAAAAAUUAGAAAUAAAAGUAUUGAAAAUCAUUUCAUCGGCACCCGAACAAAUCUAUGAAGAAACUUUUAUGAGUUUUGAAUCUUUACUAUUGGAGAUAAUGAAAAAAUGUGGUCAUCCUUUAGAAGAGAAUAUAAUAAAAAAUAUACGUAAAUUUGUGGAGAAUAUGAAGGAUUGUAGUGCGAAACAAAUAUUUUUGGAUAAAUUUCAAGGACUAAUAACUGAAUUGGCUUAAGAUGGAAAUAUUAAGGUUAAAGAGUAGAAAUUGUCAUUCCUAUAUCUACACUAUAAACCAGUUUUGUUAAUUUUUUUAUAUAUUUUGAUGAAUUACAAAGUUUGUCUUUUACUUUUAUAAUAAAGUACUGGAAGUAGUUUUUUGUUAUACAAA